GGAGGGAUUAGUAAAGACUCCCUGCCUCUCUCUGAGACUCCACACAAUAGUCUUCCCACAUCUUUCUCUAACCUUCUGGGCAGGGCAGGUGUUUUGGUUUCUUUGAGCAAAAUAUGAAACAGAGAAGCACCACUUCUGCCUCAAGACGCAUGUAAAGAGGUGCAGAUAUAGAUGCUCUCAACAGCUAGAUGGAGCCCUCAGGCAUCCCAGAGUCCACCACCCCUUUUGAUUAUGAUCCUCAGAGCUUUCUGUGUGAGAGCAAGACCUUCACCUUUGCCACCUUCAGCACCACCAUCCUGUACUUCUUGGUGUUCAUCCUCAGCCUCGUGGGCAACAGCCUGGUGUUGUGGGUCCUGGUAAAGUAUGAGAGCCUGGAGUCCCUCACCAAUGUCUUCAUCCUCAACCUGUGCCUCUCAGACCUGGUGUUCUCCUGCUUGUUGCCUGUGUGGAUCUUGGGAUACCACUGGGGCUGGGUGCUGGGAGACUUCCUCUGCAAGCUCCUCAACAUGUUCUUCUCCAUCAGCCUCUACAGCAGCAUCUUCUUCCUGACCAUCAUGACCAUCCACCGCUACCUGUCCGUAGUGAGCCCCCUCUCAUCCCUGCGCGUCCACACCCUCCAAUACCGCGUGCUAGCGACCACAGCCGUGUGGGCAGCCAGCAUCCUGUCCUCCAUCCCUGAUGCCAUCUUCCACAAAGUGUUUCCUUCGGGUUGUGAUUAUUCAGAACGCACGUGGUUCCUAGCCUCAGUCUACCAGCACAAUGUCUUCUUCCUGCUCUCCGUGGGGAUUAUCCUGUUCUGCUAUGUGGAGAUUCUUAGGACCCUGUUCCGUUCACGGUCCAAACGGCACCACCGGACAGUCAGGCUCAUCUUCACCAUCGUGGUGGCAUACUUCCUCAGCUGGGCUCCCUACAACCUGAUCCUGUUUCUGCAGACACUAUUGAAACUUGAAGUCAUCCAGAGCUGUGAGGUCAGCCAGCAGCUGGAUUACGCCUUGCUUAUCUGCCGCAAUGUUGCCUUCUCCCACUGCUGCUUCAACCCGGUGCUCUAUGUCUUCGUUGGGGUUAAGUUCCGCAGGCACCUCAAAAGUCUGCUCCGGCACUUCUGGCUCUGCCGGCAACAGGCUCCCCCAUUACCUCACUCACCAGGUGCCUUUGCGUAUGAGGGUGCCUCCUUCUACUGAAAGGGCGUUUAGUGGUGCAGGUGGAGGUGGACAGAGGAGCUGGAGUGGGAGCAAGGACAAGCAGGGCAGGAAGGAGCAUCACAGGAGGCACAACAUUGGGGACGCUACAGCUGUACAGGUGGGGAUGAAAGAAUACAUUACACCAGCUAGUCCUACCCUCUUCAGUGGAAAAGUGCCCCCCCCCCCAGAAAUUUUAUAUUGCCAUCCAGAAAAAUGUUUCUGGGAUUCUGAGUUCAUCAUUUAUUCAUUAAUUUAGACAUGGAUUUCUUAUCAUUGCUUAGUUCAGAAAGUUCUACAACUUGAAAGGAUUCCCAAAAAGGAGCAUCCUUCAAGAUUUUAUGAGAGGCUGAAACUCAUUCUGUGUGAUAAUUGUGUAGAUGCAGGCUGCUGGCAAGACAGUCUCUCCCUUUCCUGACUGUAGGGUUGUCCCAGCUGAUUUUGGAGGGAGUUGGCUCUGUAUUCCUCACUGACUGCUGGAUGAGACUCUGCAGGACAAAAGUAACCACAUCCUCAAAGAAACAUAGUCAGAAUGAAAUCUGGAUUCUAAAAACUUAAAAGUGGACUGGAGAAGUGUUCUGUAUCAUAGUUCCCGUUUCUAGCACAUGAACUGGCACUUGCAUAUUAAGUCCAUAAAUCUUUUAUUGAAGGAAUGUAUGCAAUAAGUGCUACCUUCUGCAUGAAGCAUUUAUUUGGAGGAAAUAAAGAUGAACAAGAUACAGUUGCUACCUUCCAGGUGCCAACAAUCCAGCUCUGAAGGACUGUUGAUAAGCAAACACCCACCUUGGCAAAGUCAUCCAGGGCAAAGAUUCCUCCUACACCUCAUCCUCUCCAGGUGGAUACUGAGCUGACACUUCAGAGUCAUCACUUUCUACCUACAAUGUUCUCCCCCUGCUUGGCUGAUGGCACCAGCUUCCCUCCAUUGCCUAUCCUCCAAACCUGAGUCAUUUUUGAGCCCUGCAUUUCCUUUCCCUCCACUCCCAUGGCCAAAUCCUAUUGAUUCUGCCUUCCCAGUGUCUCUCUGAAUUUUUCUCGCCAUUGCAUGCCCAUGGCUUCAUCCCAAAAUGGCCCCACUUC